AUGAAAAAUUAAAGUGAAAAAAGUUUUGAAUUGAGCAAAGAUCAAUUCUAUCAAACAUUUAAGCCUUUCGAAUACAAAAACAAAAAGAAUUCCCCUUUCACCAUUUCAUAUUUAAGCAAAAAAUAGAGUGAAUCAUAUUGGAUUAAGAAAAGAAAGAUUCAAGGAAUUUACAAAGAUUUUUUUAUUCAAGAAAUUAGAAAAGAAAUAGAAAUUUAAAGUUAUUUUUAGAAUAGAAGCCAAAAAAUUAUGAAAAUUAAAAAUUUUACUAUAUUUGAAAGUAAGAAUAAAUCAAUUGUUAUUAUUGCAUAUAAUAAUGAUGAGUAUUGUGUUCCAAUAUUAGAAUACUUUCAGAGUAUAGAGAGAGGAUAAAGUAGGAAAAUAUAAUUGAGUAAAUAAUUGUUAGAGAUUCAUGAAGAAUUAGAAUAAAAUAAAAUUUAUCAUCAAAAUAUAAAACCAAAUAAUAUAUUCUAUUUUUCUGGCGAAAUUAUCAUUACUGAUUUUGGAAGUAAUAGAACAUUUCAAUAGAAUUAUAUUUCAUAGUUUAGCAAAAUUUCAGAAAAAUAAUGGCAGGAUGAAUAUUAUUAUUAUAAUCCUAAAAUAAUAGUAGACAUUAUCUAAAAUUAAACAGAUUAUGAUAUGAGAAUAGAAGAAUUAAAUAAAUUUUAAGAGAUAAUGAAAAGAUAAAAUAAAUUUGAGAAAGUUCUUAAUAAUCCUUAAAAUUCUAUGAAUUUAGAUGCUUGGGCUAUUGGAGUAAUAAUAAUUUAAAUAUUUUUUCCAUAAAAAAUUGAAAAGAAUAAUAUUGAAAAAUUCUAUGCAUUGAACACCAAAGAAUUGGAAAAUAAGAUAAAUUAAAUAACUCAAUUUGACAAUGAAUUAGGUUAAGGUUUGAAGGAUUUGUUUUUUCCUGAAUAAUAAUAAUAAUAAUAAUAAUAAAAAUAAAAAUAAAAAUAAAAAUUAUCAUUUCAAUAAUAAAUAUCGUAAUCUAACAAUAAUUUGAAUAUAAAUAGAUCUUUAAUUAUUUCCUAAAUUAUUCCGCAAGAGUCCAAACUUAAGAGUAUCAAAAUAUAAGUAGGCUUUCAAGAUGAAUAAAGAAAGAAAGUAGUUGCAAUUUAUGAGACUUGUUAAGUAAUGGAUUAAUUUGUCAUUUAAAUACAAGAUAAAUAAAAUCCUAAAUUGGAAAUUUUCUAAAAAGAAAAGAAUAUUUCAGAAAAAAGUAGGAAAAUUUUGGAUUUUCAUAUUCUCCUUCAACUCUAACUUUCAGAGGCUUAAUCCUAUUUAAAUGAUCUUAAGAAUUUAAAGAAGGAAUUUGAGGAUGAGAGGACUGAAUUAUUAAGAAGUGAGAAAAGAUCAGAUACAAAUAAAGUUUAACUAGAAAGUCUAGUAGAGGUUAUUUAAAAAAUUGAAGAAACCAUUUUUCAGGUAGAAAAUAGGAUUUAAGCUCUAAAAUAUUUUUAUAAUUAUUAAAUGGAAACACCAGAAGAAAAUAUCAUUUAUUAUUAUAAUCUAAAAGAAAUAAAUAUGGUUUAAUGGAAGAAACAGUUUUAAAUUAAGUGUGAAUAAACAGAAAACAAUACAAAUUAUUAAUAAUAGCAAUACUUUUCAUAAAAAAAAAUAAAAGAUUUAAUAAAACUAAGAUAAAAAGAACUUAAAAUAGAUGCUCAUCUUUGUGUUAAUAUGAAUUAAAAGGAAUAAGAAAUAGUUUCAAUUUAUUAUUUAGAAAAAUGUUUUAAUGUAUAAAAAGAACUUCUUGAAAAAAAAUAAUCACAAAAAGAAUAAUUAGAUGUUGAAUAAUUUCCAUUUAAUUUAUCAUUAAAAACUAGAAGAAAAGUAGACAAAUUCAUUAAUACAAAGUAAUUUGAAUUUUUAUUAGAUUAUACUGAAUUUAAUUCCCUUUCUGCAAAACUCAGAAAUCAAUAUUUAAAGACAUUGUUCAUCUGUUUAGAUGAUAGAAUAAAAAGAAAUGUUUAAAGUGAGGUUAAUUAAUUGCUGUCAGCAAUAAAUCGUAUAUAUCCUUUACUUAAUUCCAAAUUCAAAUAAAAAAAUGGAAAAAACACUGUUAGAGUAAAAUUGCAACCUGAAAUGUUACCAUAGGAAUUAUGUAAGUAAAUAAAAUAGUUUUUUUAAUAAAAAUACAGCUUCAAAAUUAACUACGAUUUUUAGUAUUUGGAAUUACUAAAAAAAUUUGAUGAUAUUAAAACUUAAAAAGACUAUAUUGGAUUUUUAGUAAAUGGGAAACCUCAUGGUCAAGGGUUUAAGAGGAUAAACGAAAAUAUAAUGUAAUUUGGAAUAUACAGAUAUGGACAGUUAAUAUGGGGUAGGGAAAUUGUCAAAGUUGACAAUUAUAUUAACUAUUAUAAAGGAUAAUUUAAGGAUAAUAAAAAAUUUGGUGAAGGAGUCUUUAAAAGAUAUUUAUUUAGUGAAAUAGAAGGAAACCUAUUUUUUUAAAAGCCUAAUUAACCCUAAAAUUUAUGA